AUGCCUUCUGCAUCAAGUCGUCAUAAUGCUAACCGACGUCGACGCACCAACACCAACCAGCAUGGCAAGCCUCCCCUAAACGGUGCUACUAAGCCAAGUAUACCAUCGUCCACUUCACUACGUCCACAGAAGCCAAGGGCAGCAUCUACUACUUCAUCUUCUAUCGCACCACCCGCACAUGAGGCUGAAAUUCGUCACGAUAUUGACGCAUUGGUCGAACGUGUCAGGGCUGUUGCAAUGGCUGAAAAUAGGCCUUCGACCCCUGGAAGCCAUAUCGAUUGGGCUGGUGAAGAGGAUGACUCGUUGCCUGACCUUGAUGAUUGGGGCGUUACGACGACUCGGACUAAUACCAGCGCAGAUGAAAGAAGGGAUGAAAUAUCACCCAUAUUAGCAGAUGCACUUAAGCCGCUGCCGGAACCUCAGACGGAAGGAGAUGAUGCUGAAGAUGAGGAAGAGAAGCAAUCCAUGGAACCUUUAGACAAUGAUGUUGAUGGCGAAAUCAUCAAGGACUCGUCGGAUUCUUCACCCCUAUCCAAUACACCUGAUACCUUUAUCACAGCCACCGCAGAUCCGCAUGACUCUCCUGCCGCUGUUGUCGCGCCUGAAACUAUCACACAUGCUGAUAUGUCCUCACUUCACCCGUCACUGACUCCCAAGCCGGUCGCUGUAAGGGACAGCCCGCGUGCAAGUUCUGCACACUUGACAUCCAAAUCAGGUGGUGAAGAGCCACCUGCAACCAAGGGGGAAGGCCUCUCACAGUCUAUCCACGCUCCCUCCCUUGUCGAGGUAGAAGCACUAGAAAAAACUCCCAGCUCUUCUUCCAGAGACCAUGGCCUCGCUGGAUCCAUCCAUGCGCCUAAAGGUCUCCCGGAAUCCCAUUCCGCUCCAUCGUUGCUGAGCCCGGGUACCCCGUCUCCUGCGCACGCAUACAGUCCCUCGCAUGGUCGAUCGAAGACUGAAGGCCGCCCUGCCUUUCCACAUCCGCGCACGGCGGCCAUGAAUCAGCGAGCCAUUCGUUCUGGUACAUCUUCGCCGUUAGGCCCGCUUGUCCACGCGCAUGCGCGGAACCACUCGACACCUCCUGGAGGGGCGGGGCAACGUACCCCACAUAGCGCUCGACCAGUCAUCACUGGAGAUGCAUUGUCUCGGCUGGCAAGAACGAUUGGCGGUAUACCAAGCAUUCCCCGCGCCCAAGGUGUCGCCGUCGCAAAAGACUGA